AUGAUGCGAGGCCAGUACUGCGACCACCCUUCCCAAAACGACAUCCCUGGCUUGGAUAUCUGCGACCAAGCGAUGGGACAGGAAGAAGCGUCAAUCUUCGGAAAACGCUGGCGGUCUAAGCGAGUCACAUGUGUGCCAUCAAGAGGCCCUAUCGCGUGGGUAGUCCCGUUAAACAUCCACAACGAGCAUGCUAAAGGCAGACCCCAGGACGCCAACAUCCGGAGACUGCUUGUUCCUUUGCAUCCAAGUAUAGCAGUUACCUUGAGUGCCACAAAACGCUUCGAUUCUGUGAAGCAUAUCCAUCGCCUCUUGCGCUUCAAGGAGCUUUUCAUCGUGCGUCCCGCGCAAAUCGACUCCGGGCAACAACGCCAGUUGCAGAUGUACUACUUCCAAGUACUUCGGUCCUGGUGGCUUGUCAGAGUGCUCGUACUUCUCAAUUCGGCCGCGACGAUCAACUGA